AUGGCGUACCAGGGUGGUGGUCGCGGCCAGGAGUAUGGCCAACCUCUACAGGACCUUCCUCCGGGUCAAAGUUACCACAUCCCACCUCAGGGAGACGGCCAUGACGAAGAAGUCGAGCGUUCCCUACUCAGAGAUCCGCACCCACAACAGGGCUACGAUAACGCGUACCUCGGUGCCAACAACCCCCCUCUGCGACCGGUUUCUGCUUACAGCUUAACCGAAACCUAUGCACCGGGUGCGCAUAGCCAGACCCCUACGCCGGGGUUUGGCGAAACAUACGGAGGAGGCCAGGGCUAUUCCACCGGCUACGAUGCCACUGGUGGAUAUGGCUAUGGCGACAGGCCGGUCUCCCAUGUGGAUGCCAACGACAGUUGGGUUCGAAGACAGCAGCCGAACAUGGCCCCUGGCGGUGGUUUGAAGCGAUAUGCCACCCGUAAGGUCAAGCUCGUGCAGGGCUCCGUCCUGAGCAUCGACUACCCAGUGCCUAGUGCCAUCCGAAAUGCCGUUCAACCCAAGUAUCGAGAUAGCGAGGGUGGCUCGGAUGAAUUCAUUAAGAUGAGGUAUACCGCUGCUACGUGCGAUCCAGACGACUUCACCCUCAAGAACGGUUACGAUCUCCGGCCGAGGAUGUAUAACCGUCACACUGAGCUUCUCAUCGCCAUUACCUACUACAACGAAGACAAGUUGCUCCUGUCCCGAACUCUUCACGGUGUCAUGCAAAACAUAAGAGAUAUCGUGAACCUGAAGAAGUCGGUGUUCUGGAACAAGGGUGGUCCUGCUUGGCAGAAAAUUGUUGUCUGCUUGGUCUUCGAUGGUAUCGAAAAGACGGACAAGAACGUCCUGGACGUCUUGGCCACCAUUGGUAUUUACCAGGACGGUGUCGUCAAGAAGGACGUCGACAGCAAGGAGACGGUGGCGCAUAUUUUUGAGUACACGACGCAACUGUCCGUGACGCCUAGCCAGCAGCUUAUCCGGCCUAUGGACGACAGCCCCCAAACUCUUCCUCCUGUCCAGUUCAUCUUCUGUCUGAAGCAGAAGAACAGCAAGAAGAUUAACUCCCAUCGAUGGCUCUUCAACGCGUUCGGCCGCAUCCUCAACCCCGAGGUGUGCAUUCUGCUGGACGCCGGUACUAAACCCAGUCCCAAGUCACUCCUUGCACUUUGGGAGGGUUUCUACAACGACAAGGACUUGGGAGGUGCUUGCGGUGAAAUUCACGCCAUGUUGGGUAAGGGCGGAAAGAAGCUGAUCAACCCCCUCGUCUCUGUCCAAAACUUCGAGUACAAGAUCUCCAACAUUCUUGAUAAGCCCCUCGAGAGCGCUUUCGGUUAUGUUAGUGUGUUGCCCGGUGCUUUCUCUGCAUACCGAUACAGAGCUAUCAUGGGACGUCCCUUGGACCAAUACUUUCAUGGUGACCACACAUUGUCAAAGCGCCUCGGGAAGAAGGGUAUUGAUGGUAUGAACAUCUUCAAGAAGAACAUGUUCUUGGCCGAGGACCGUAUUCUCUGCUUCGAGUUGGUCGCGAAGGCUGGACAGAAGUGGCAUCUAAGCUACAUCAAGGCUGCCAAGGGUGAGACUGAUGUGCCUGAAGGCGCUGCCGAAUUCAUCUCGCAGCGUCGUCGUUGGCUCAACGGCUCGUUCGCCGCCUCCCUUUACUCGCUGAUGCACUUCGGACGAAUGUACAAGUCGAGCCACAACAUCAUCCGCAUGUUCUUCCUCCACGUUCAACUCAUCUACAACGUUCUCAACGUCAUCUUCACCUGGUUCAGUUUGGCAUCGUACUACCUCACGACAACGGUUAUCAUGGAUCUCGUCGGUACCCCCGUCCCUGGUGGCAGCGAGAGCGCCGAGCACCACGCCUGGCCCUUCGGAGAUUCAGCUACGCCACUCAUCAACGCUAUCCUGAAAUACCUUUACCUCGCCUUUGUCAUUCUACAGUUCAUCCUGGCUCUUGGUAACCGACCCAAGGGUUCCAAGUACCAAUACAUCUUGUCCUUUAUCGUCUUCGCCAUCAUUCAAGGUUACAUUCUUGUGUUGUCUGGUUACCUCGUCGCCCGCGCGUUUAGCGGCGGCAUCGGAGACCAGAUCAGCCUGGCGAGCGGAGAGGAUUUUGUCAAGAGUUUCUUCGGCGAGUCCGCUGCCGGUGUCAUCAUCGUCGCUCUCGUUACCAUCUACGGUCUUUACUUCCUGGCUUCGUUCCUCUACCUCGACCCGUGGCACAUGUUCCACUCGUUCCCCUCUUAUCUUCUGCUCAUGUCGACGUACGUGAACGUUCUCAUGGUGUACGCCUUCAACAACUGGCAUGACGUCUCGUGGGGUACCAAGGGCUCGGACAAGGCCGAGGCGCUCCCGUCUGCCCACGUGAGCAAGGGCGAGAAGAACGAGGCAGUUGUCGAGGAGAUUGACAAACCCCAGGAGGAUAUCGAUAUUCAGUUCGAGCAGACUGUCAAGAGAGCUCUCGAGCCGUUCUCGGCAGCCGAGGAGAUCGAGGCCAAGGAUGUCGAGGAUUCGUACAAGUCUUUCAGAACCGGUCUGGUUGUGUGCUGGCUCUUCUCCAACGCUCUCCUGAUCGUCAUCAUCACGAGCGACAACUUCAACUCGUUUGGCAUCGGCGAUACUGCCUCCUCCCGUACCGCUGGUUUCUUCAAGUUCCUUCUUUAUGCCACUGCGGUCCUCUCGCUCGUCCGCUUCUUCGGUUUCCUCUGGUUCCUUGGCAAGACUGGUCUCAUGUGCUGCUUCGCGAGACGAUAA